AUGAAGGAUGUUGAGAGGUGGUUAGUCGACAAGGAAGCGGAAAAGGAAAAAGAAAAUAUGAAGGAAUCCGAAUCCAAACCCGACUCGCCAAGAGAGGCGAGUUCGACCGAUAACGUGAAAGAGGAGAUCCAUGACCUCCGAGACGAAGUCGUCGAGCUUCAAGGCCGACUAGGCGAGCUAGGUCGGGAGAUGGCGAAGAUCGCAACGGCGCCUAACAAUUUUCCUGCUGGACCAAGAACGCAGUCCGCCGCUGUAUCGGUCGCCCCACAAACCACUUCCUCCAUCUUCUCGCCCUCACAUCCAACUUCUCCGUUUGCAACGCACUUGACAGGAUCUCCGUCAGCACCCAGCACGCCCAUCCACCAUCCCAGGCUAUCAAGUACCACCGCGAGGGAAUCUAUGAGUCCUCCCAUGACUUCGAAGAGGCGAGAGUCGGGCACGAGGUUACCGUACCCUGCGGGAGAUUAUUCUUCUCCGCCAGACACAUUCUCUCCUGGCAAUUCUCCACCUUCGUCGAUUAGCUCAGCUAUGAGGCCUUUGUCUACGGUCAUUUCAGGCUACCCCUCCUUUCAUCCUCAGGACUGGGUAUACUACCAGGUGCUUCGUAUUCUACCACUUCACUCUCCUCACUGGCUUCCGGUACGGGUAGGCCGCCGUCCCCGCCUGCGCAACCCAAGUUCGCUCCUGCCGCUGCUUCUGCCAAUCAAACGGCCAGCCCAACACCCGCACCAA